GCAACAGCGCUCGGGGCCUUUUCAAAUCGGGAUCCGUUACCGCUUCCCCGGCCGCCGCCAUUGUCGCGCUCGGAGCCCCUCAGCGCAGGCGGCCGACGCGGAGGCAGUGGCGGCGGGAUGGCGGACGCCGACAAGCCCGAGGUGCCCGGUGCCGCUGGCGACGACAGCCCGAAUCAGCAGCCCGCAGAGCUGCCGGGCGAGCCACGGCGAGAACCGCACCCGCCAGAGACGGAGAGGCAGCCUCCUCAGCACAGCAGCAGCUCCAAUGGCGUUAAAAUGGAGAAUGAUGAAUCAGUGAAAGAAGAGAAAUCAGAAUUUAAAGAAAAAUCUACAGGAAAUAAGAAGGCCAAUAGAUUUCAUCCUUAUUCAAAAGACAAGAAUUCUGGCACUGGAGAAAAGAAAGGUCCAAAUCGUAACAGAGUUUUCAUUAGCAACAUUCCAUAUGACAUGAAAUGGCAAGCUAUUAAAGAUCUAAUGAGAGAAAAAGUUGGUGAGGUUACAUACGUGGAGCUCUUUAAGGAUGCGGAAGGAAAAUCAAGGGGUUGUGGGGUGGUUGAAUUCAAAGAUGAAGAAUUUGUAAAGAAAGCAUUAGAAACUAUGAACAAAUAUGAUCUUAGUGGAAGACCUCUGAAUAUUAAAGAGGAUCCUGAUGGAGAAAAUGCUCGUAGGGCAUUACAACGAACAGGAGGAUCAUUUCCAGGAGGACAUGUACCCGAUUUGGGAUCGGGGUUGAUGAAUUUACCACCUUCCAUUCUCAAUAAUCCAAACAUUCCUCCUGAGGUUAUCAGUAAUUUGCAGGCUGGUAGACUUGGUUCCACAAUUUUUGUUGCUAAUCUUGACUUCAAAGUUGGUUGGAAGAAGCUAAAGGAAGUGUUCAGCAUAGCUGGAACUGUAAAGCGGGCAGAUAUUAAAGAAGACAAAGAUGGCAAGAGCAGAGGAAUGGGCACAGUCACUUUUGAACAAGCAAUUGAAGCAGUUCAAGCAAUUUCUAUGUUCAAUGGGCAAUUUUUGUUUGAUAGACCUAUGCAUGUGAAAAUGGAUGACAAGUCUGUCCCUCAUGAAGACUACCGUUCACAUGACAGUAAAACACCACAAUUACCACGUGGUCUUGGGGGCAUUGGAAUGGGACUUGGUCCAGGAGGCCAGCCUAUUAGUGCCAGCCAGUUGAACAUAGGUGGUGUAAUGGGAAAUUUAGGUCCAACUGGUAUGGGAAUGGAUGGUCCAGGUUUUGGAGGAAUGAAUAGAAUUGGAGGAGGAAUUGGUUUUGGUGGUCUGGAAGCAGUGAAUAGCAUGGGAGGAUUUGGAGGAGUUGGCCGAAUGGGAGAGCUAUACCGUGGUGCAAUGACUAGUAGCGUGGAGAGAGAUUUUGGACGUGGUGAUAUUGGACUAAAUCGAGGCUUUGGAGAUUCCUUUGGUAGACUUGGCAGUGCAAUGAUUGGAGGGUUUGCAGGAAGAAUAGGAGCUUCUAACAUGGGGCCAGUAGGAUCUGGAAUAAGUGGUGGAAUGGGUGGCAUGAACAGUGUGACUGGAGGAAUGGGGAUGGGACUGGAUCGGAUGAGUUCCAGCUUUGAUAGAAUGGGACCAGGUAUAGGAGCUAUACUGGAAAGGAGCAUCGAUAUGGAUCGAGGAUUUUUAUCGGGUCCGAUGGGAAGCGGAAUGAGAGACAGAAUAGGCUCCAAAGGCAACCAGAUAUUUGUCAGAAAUCUGCCUUUUGACUUGACUUGGCAGAAACUAAAAGAGAAAUUCAGUCAGUGUGGUCAUGUAAUGUUUGCAGAAAUAAAAAUGGAGAAUGGAAAGUCAAAAGGCUGUGGAACAGUUAGAUUUGACUCCCCAGAAUCAGCUGAAAAAGCCUGCAGAAUAAUGAAUGGCAUAAAAAUCAGUGGCAGAGAAAUCGAUGUUCGCUUGGAUCGUAAUGCAUAAUUUCAAACCACGGUUGGAACAUUCUUACAUCUGUUUUGCUGAAUCUCCUAGUGAAAGUCAUUUUUAAGUAAUGCUGUAUGCUUACAAAAGCUGUAAAAAUGAACUUUAAAACUCCCACCAGCUUUUAACAGUAUAGUGUUAAAUAUACUGUGAUUUUUGUUAAUCUCUAGUUUGGGUUUUUAAAGACAGCAAGUCUGGUCAUUCAGUUUAAAUGAAUGGUUAUACUGUUUUUAAUGAAAUAAGCCAUUUCCUUGUUAUUUUCAGUACUACUUAGUGGGAUUUGUUUGUUCAAGUUUCUCUAGCUUUUAUCAACUUAUUAUAAGGUAAAACAUAGAUGGUUUUUUCAAAACUUCUGUUUUAUAUAUGUAAUUGGCCUUGAAAAGAAAGGACUCAGACAAAUUAGGAUGUGAUUUUGGUUGAUUUUAAAUUACUUUUCUUUGGUGAUAAAGAAUUACUAUAAGUUUUAGAGUCUAAAGUUCAGGUUAUUUUUUAUUUGGCUAAAAUGAAGAAAUGGAAUUUUCUUUCCCUGCCCUUAUCUGUCAUUCACGUUUCCUACGUAACACUAUUAAUUUUAGCCUCCACAGGCCGUUAUUUUGUUAUUUCCAAUAAUUCCAAGUUCAUAUAGAACUGAUAAUGUAGCAAGCCCAAAGUAUAAUAUUAGGCAGACUACUCCUAACUUUCUGUCCAGCUUCCAGCCAUUGAAGUGAACUGCUAAAAAAAGAAAAAUAAUUGAAAUGUUGAGAGAGAUGGUUAUGUAAGUCAGUCCUCUGCUGUUCACUUCUACAGGAGCUGAUGUAUUAAUAAAUGCAGUUUUAAUAAACCACGGAACACCUAGGCACAGCAUAUCAAACACAUUGGAUCCCACGAUGUUAGACAUAGCCAUAUCUCCUUUGCCUGCAAAAAAAAAAGUAUGUUGUUAAAAUGUGCAUAUCAAUACUGUAUUUUAUUAAUAAGUUUCAUAAGAAAAAACACUGGAUACAUACUUUUUUUUUGUUUGAUGGUUUUGGAAAAUUGUUGUAGAACAAAAGUCUUACUGAAUUUGUAUUUUUAAUUUUAGGAGGUUAGUAUUUAAAGUAUUAACAUUUAUUUAAUAAUUAUUUUUAUUUAUUAAACUGUUUUUCAAUAAGAUAUGUAGAUUACUUGUUGCUUUUCAUUCUAAUUUAACAUGUUUAAUUACAAUUUCGUGCACAUUUCAGGUGAAUAUUAUUUGGGGAAUUAGAUUUAGUAAAACUAAUUGAAUACUAAAUCCUUCCUCCUGAGCUACUCCUUUUUUUUCUUCAAAGUACGUUACUGAGGAAAUAAAUAUUUCAAAAGGGUACCUGUACUUAGUGUAUUUCAGCCAGGCUUGAAGAAUGGGCAUUGCAGCUUAAGGGACCUACUUCUUACCUUUUCUUGCAACCAGCACACUUGUAAUUGUGUCUGGUAUGCUUGUUCCUGCAGCUAAUAAAGUAAGGCCCAUUACUGUAUCUGGAAUUUCCAGUGUUUCUCCUGUGAUAAACAUAGAUAUUAUAAGUUAUAAAACUUAUAAUAUUCACUAACCAUUCUCUGCACAUAUUUCAGAUAUUUCUUUCCAGAACAAAAAGAAAAUAGGCACAUUUAGAUUUCACGACCAACAUGUACUUAGAAUUUAGCUAGCGAAGUAUUUGAAUAAUAUUGGUAAACUGGGGACAUGGGUAGCAAAGAUUUUUAAUGACAGAUAUUUAAUAGACAAAAUUUCCCUACCUGGUAUGCUUACAGAAGUUUUGAAUGUCCACUGUUAUAUCAGCAAGGCUGUUGCUUAAUAUAUGCUAAUGGGAUUGGUUAUUUUCUCUCUUUUUUUAAAGCAUUUUCUUAAAGUGGUCAGUGUUAAGCAAAUUAUAGCUAUUUUAAAACUGUAAAUGUGUUAACAUGGUAUACAUUUUUUAAGUUCUACUUUAGUGAUGUACUUUAAUUUAGUAUUUUCUUUGGGAAAGCACCAUAAAUCUGAGGAAAACAAAAUAGGGUGCUUGAGUUUUCCUAACAUUAUAGUCCCAACUUAUUAAUGCUUCUGUUAAAUUUGAUGUCAGUUCAACAUUUUUCAGAAAUGUAUUCAAUCUAGGAAACAAAACCAGUGGGAAGUUAAAAAAAUUCAUGUAACUGCUCUUUUAUUGUUGUAAUUGAAAAUUUUCUUUUUCUCUUUUUUAAAAUGUCAGUUAAGAAACUUUAAGUAGCUUAUUUAUUGCAUGCUUAUAUAUUGAUACUGGAAUUGAAAUUGGUUAAUUUUUGUUACUGGUUAGCCACAGUUCAUAUGUACAUAAAUAACAUUAAUGUUUGUCAUCUUGGGGGCUGUUCUCUGAUCUAUUACUUGAUUUUGUUGUUUUCCUAAUGUCAAAUAUGUUCUGGCUGAGAAAGUUUGGAGAGAUUUACUAUGCAAGCUAAUUGGACUUUUUAUUUUCCUUAUUAAAAAAAAAGAAAAAGAAAUAUUUUGCUUUUUGCUAGCAUACUCUUCUAAGGUCACAUUAAUUUGGGAAAAGUUGGAAGUCAACAAACUUUUUUUGUAAAGGGCCAGAUAGUAAUUAUUUUAGGCUUUGCAGGCUAUAUGGUCUCUGUUGCAGUUAUUCAGCUCUGCUAAUGUAGUAUGAAAACAACCAUAGAUAACAUGUAAAUAGAUGGGCCUGAUCAGCAAAAACAGGAGACCUAGUGAUUUGGGCACACGAGAGCAGUAGUUUGCUCACCUCUGAUACGAGUCCAUUCUGGUUACCCUUUGGGGAGAAAUUCCUGAAUUUCUUGUUCUGUGUUUGUAUUCAGUUUUUCCUCCUGGACUAGGAGUUCUGUGGGACUAGAGCUGAUUAUGGCGAAGCACUGGUAGUUAAAUAUUAAUCAUGAAGGUAGCAGAAACCUAAAGUGAAACCUAAUUUUAUAUUCUUUUUACUAAUUUCUUAGUAUGUUUGUAUUGCCAUAUUAAACAGCAAAAUAAAAUAUAAUCCAGUUAAA